AAACCGCACUCUAACCAGCCUUAUCCAAUUAACCUCAUCUGGUGGAAGACUUGAUGAAUCGCAACGAACUGCCAAAAUUGGAAUAGAAAAGUUAAAGGAACAAAUAUAUUAUAAGGGACCUUCAGAAAAGUUUCCAGAAACUCAACAUUAG